GGUACGCGCAUGCGUGGACCGAUCGGGUGAUAUAGCAAGAUGGUGUCUGGCGGAGAAGUCCUAAACGCGGGCAUUAUAUUUCUGUAUUCUUACAUAUAUGUUGUUUAAUAGAGUACACACGGUUAAUAAUUGUUUGUAGCCGGAUACAUUAGUCUGAGCGCACUUUGACACUUCUCCUGUUUGAUAGCUUCACUUAAGGUAGCUCGCAGCUAGUUUAGCUGGCUAGUUAGCUUAGCUUGUUAGCUGCUAACAAAGAGAGGCGGAAGUUAUUUAAACAUCGCUAAGUAGGGAACUAAUGUGAGUGUAAAGUGUUGUGAUUGUGUGAAAAUGUGCGAAAGAACGACAGCAAAGUAUGAGGAGGAACUGUGUCCAACAAAAGCGGAGAAGGAGCAACAACAUCAACUACUGGAUGUUUAUUAUAAGAAACAUCAUCAAGUUGUGUUACACAGAACAGAUGUCUGUGAAGAAGAACUUCUGUCUGAAAAACAGGAGUGUAGCUUCAAGAUGGUGAAGGAAGAUCCUUCAAAGAGGAGGACCAGGUGCCAUGGACCCUCUGGCGUCUCCUUUUCCUCUUUGACAGAGACCCUUCCCUGUAAAAAGGAAGAGGAAGACUCACUGACCCCCCACUUUAAAGAGGAAGAAGAGGAACACAGCAUCAGUCAGGAGGGAGACAAUCUUGAAGGAUUGGUGGAGUUCCCAGUGAUUUGUGUUCAAGUGAAGAGUGAAGAUGAUGAGGUCAGAGGUGAAAGUGAGGAGAAGAGAAAGGCGGAGGAACACAGCAUCAGUCAGGAGGGUGAGCAUAUUGAUUGGUUGGAUGAGUUCCCAGUCAUUGGUGUCCCUGUGAAGAGUGAAGAUGAUGAGGUCAAAGGUGAAAGUGAGGAGAGGGGAGAGGCGGAGCCUCCAAGCAGCAGCUCAACACAACGCAUGACAACAGAAGCUGAUGGAGACCACUGUGGAGGAUCACAAGCAGACAAGCUCUUAGCUCCACUAUCAGAUAGUGAGGACACAACGUCACACUCUCCUGACACUGAUGAAGACUCUAAAGAUGAUAAGACAUGUCACACUGACAACACUCACUUCAAAUGUUCUCACUGUGACCAAACAUUUAAAAACCAUAGUCAUCUGAAAAGACACAUGAGGACACACACUGGAGAUAAACCUUUUUCUUGUUCAAUAUGUGGCUUAUCUUUUACAAGGAAGGACAAUAUGAAAGAUCACACAAGAACACAUAAAGGAGAAAAACCUUUUUCAUGUUCUUUGUGUGAUUCGAGAUAUGCACGUAGUCGAGAUUUGAAAAAACACCUGAAAAGACACACUGGAGAAAACCUUUUCAAGUGUUCUUUGUGUAAUUCAAGUUUUGUCGAAGAUGAACAUUUGAAAAGACACAUGAGAACUCACACUAGAGAAAAACCUUUUACCUGUUCACUUUGUAGUAAAGGUUUUGCACAAAGUCACAAUUUAAAAGUACACAUGAGGACACACACUGGUGAAAAACCUUUUUCCUGUUCAACCUGUGGUAAAGGUUUUACACACAAUCAGAGUUUGAAAGAACACAUGACAAUACACAGUGGAGAAAAACCUUUUUCCUGUUCAAUUUGUGGUGAAGAUUUUGUACGUCGACAGUCUGUAAAAGUACACAUGAGAACGCACACUGGUGAAAAACCUUUUUGUUGUUCAAUCUGUGGUAAAAGUUUUACAGAAAGCCGUUGUUUGAAUAGACACACAAGAUCGCACACUGGUGAAAAAGCUUUUUCCUGUUCAAUCUGUGGUAAAGGUUUUACAGAAAGUCAAUAUUUGAAAGUACACGAGAAAACACACACUGGUGAAAAACCUUUUUUCUGUUCAAUCUGUGGUAAAGGUUUUACAGAAAGUCAGAAUGUGAAAAGACACAUGAGAACACACACUAGUGAAAAAUCACAUUCCUGUUCAAUCUGCAACAAAAGCUUUUGUGAACGAUCAUACCUUGUAGCACACAUUAAAACUCACACAGGAGAGAAAGUGUUGAGUUGCAGUGUGUGUGGUGAAAGAUUCUCUUAUAAGUACCAGUGUAAGAAACACAAGUGUGCUGGUGAGAACAGCAGCAGCAAAUGAAACUGCAGAGUUUGAAAUAAACUGUCAAGACUUUAAUUUUGACUUUCUAACAACAUCAACACAUAUAACAUAUGUGACAUUGUUGUUUGCGUAACAAUCUUUUUAAUAUGCUUCUACAUUCAUAGAUUAGAUAUUUUAUAUUAGCGCUUUUUUCAGUCAAGUACAUGCAUUAAUAUGCAACAUUGUGUAUGUAAAAUACACCUUGUAUUAAAAAUUGAAAAGAACAAUUUGACUGAAAAGGUGAGAGUAAACAGUACAAGACAUAUUUUACAUAAAAUAAACAUUUUAUGUUUUUUAUAUCCACCAUACAAUUUUAGACGAAAUAGUGUUUUUAUAGGUGUUUGAAAUAUUGAAGUGUUACAUAUUUGUAUUUCUAAUUGUUGAUAAUAUUAUAGAUUAGCACCUUUAUAUGAUUAUACAUAUGCACUUGUUCACAUCUAAAACAUCUUCUGGACCACUUCAGGAAGCAUAUUAUUAUUUACUUUAUACAUCAUUUGAACAGUUGUCUAUAUUACAAUUUUAAAAUGUGUAACUUUACGAAUAAUUUUCUAGGUCUCUAUAAUCCAUUUUAUUAAUCAUCUUUGUUACUCUCUUUAGUAAUAUGUUGAUAAUGUUGUGAUUGUUUUAUAUGUAUGUACUCAGACCUUUAUACAAUAAAGAAAAAUGUGAGCGAAAA